UAUAUUGCUGGAAUCAAAAUAUAUAGUUUUUACCAAUUGUAAUUAAUAAAAGACAGCCUAUGUCAUCUCUCGAGGCUAAUAUGGCAAACACAAUAUCCAUUAUGUCGAAUGCCAUACGUAAUGUAGUAAGCAAGAAGCGCAUCCGAUUCGUAGAAAAGGGAUUUAAUUUGGAUCUUACCUAUAUUUGCGAUAACAUCAUUGCGAUGGGAUAUCCAGCACCCGACGCAAUUGAAGGCUUUUACAGAAAUCGUCUAGAGCAAGUGCAUAAGUUUUUCGAGGCGAAUCAUGCCGAUCAUUACAAAAUAUAUAAUUUGUGCAUAGAGCGCAACUACGACAGUAAUAAGUUUCAUGGGAGAGUUGCAAUUUAUCCGUUUGAGGAUCACAGCCCUCCUACAAUUGAGUUAAUGCAACGUUUUUGCCACGAUGUUGGGUCUUGGCUCAAAGCCGAUCCCUCCAAUGUCGUUGCCAUACACUGCAAAGCUGGCAAAGGAAGAACGGGUACCAUGAUUUGCGCUUAUUUGCUCCAUAGUAAAUUCAUGAGCACAGCUGAUAAAGCGUUGGCUUGGUAUGAUGCAAAGCGUACGAAGGAUCGAAAAGGCGUUACAAUUCCAUCUCAACGUAGAUAUGUUCAGUAUUAUUCAAUGUUAAACUCGUUAAGUUAUGAAACAAUAAGUCUUAACGUAUGUGAAAUUCGAUUUGCUGAGCCAAGCUGCUUGCAUAAUCUUGGUACAGUAGAAUGUUGUAUAUCGGAGUUACGGGACCCUGCUACUGAUAAAGUUAAGGCACAUCAACUCGAAACGUGGAAAAUUGAUUUUCAAACUACUGAUCGAGUGGACUUAAGCAACUCACUUCUAUUAGUUAAGGGCGAUGUUAAACUUGAUGUUAAACUUCUGCAAAAAUCUUCAAAGAAGGCUCUUUAUUGUCACCUGUGGAUCAAUUUAUUUUUUGUAGAGCACAGUGCAGAUUACGAAAUCGAUGGAACUACUGUUAAGUAUACGGUUAUCUUAAAUAAGAAUGAAAUAGAUGGUGCCCAUAAAGAUCAAGAGCAUAAAAUGUUUCCAGAGGACUUUAAGAUAUCAAUUGUGUUUAGCAAAGAGCACGGCUCGGAAGAUAUAGCAGCUGAAUAUGCAGCAAAUCAUAGAUGGAACAACAUACAAAAUACAGAUACUUAUCAUGAAAACAGCGAAGGCAAUCUUAAUAUUGGAGAGUACUCGGAUCCAAACUCCCCAUCUUCGAGUCAGUUUUUCGAGCGAAGUGGCCACCUUUCUACCAGUGAUGAAAGUUGUACAACAAAAUCUCAUCAAAUGGAGCAUAACGGAAAACUUAUUACAAAUAAUUGUGAAAUAUCAAGCAUCUCAAAAUUCCAAGCGACUGCAGCUAAACGCAAGCAACCUACAUUAAAAGCAUCAUUAUUAAGCGGCAAUAAUACCUCGUCAAACAAGGACAUCAAAAAGCUGCACAUGUUCAAUAACCCGUCCGCUACACAAUCCAGUUUCAUAGCAAAGCAAGAUUCAAGUAAAGCAUACGAAGCCUCGUCGGAGAUUCGAGACAUAUUUGAUCGUUGCAAUAUUCCUAAGUCCGAUAAAAUCUUCGAACAAGAUGUGUACAGUAUCUGUAAUCAGGAUGUUGAAGAUGGCGGUGAGGAUUGGGAAUCCGUUCAUUUAUUCACAACUACAAGGCGAAAUUCGAGCUCAAGGGACAAAACAAAUGAAGAAGCGGAUGAAAGAAAGGGAAGCCAUCAACAAAAAAUACGAAUGAAGUAUAAAAAGAGCAAACUGAAAUUUUCACAAAAAUUACAAUGGAUCCAGAACUAUUUUCGGUCAGAUCCUAUUAAUUUCAUACAGAAAUUAAUACCAUCAAAUGCCGUUCGAAUUCGAAAUAAUUCUAACAUGUUUGCUCCUAGGGGAGGCACAUCUAUUAAGCUUCCCGAAGUGUCAACAUCAAAUCAUCUCACUCUAAGUCGGAACGUCUCAACGUCUUGUCCGAAUUUCUUAAAUAGACAGUUUUGAUCGAUACUAAAUCGAUAAGAACUUGACCGAAACACACUCUCCGACACAUUUUUAAAGUGCCUAUAAAAUUUGAUUAUUUUAUAUCUAGAUAUAAUGAUGAUGAUAAUCAUUGUCAAAUCAAAUAUUCGUGAUAAACUUUAAAAUUUCAACAACGCAUCUGCUUGAUAUCACGCUUAAAGAAAAUUACAUAUAUACUAUACAUAUAUGUAUAUAAUACUAAUGCCAUAAAACAUUUAAGCGUGAACUAUCUUUAUUGAUAGUAUAUGUAUAUGUAGAGCACUGGUGUUCAAAUCUUCCAAUAAUUGUUCUCAUAGUAAGUGGGCGUGCUUCGCAAAUUCAAAAAAAAACAUUUGCGUUUGUUUGAACAUCACUGAUACGCACCUAAUCUUAUGUCCACAUUAGUUUAGAAUUGCUAAAUAUUUAGUUCUUUAAGUUGAAUAGUUUAUUCAAUAAACGCUAACAAUAUACCUAAUUGCAUAAAUAUGUAUGUACAUUCAAUCGGUCUAAUAAAACCUUUACCACAUAAUCUUAAAUUUCGACAGGACAUUCCCGUUGAUAUGUCCAACGUUUAAAACGCAGGGUGCAGUGUUAUACAGAUGCAUACAUACAAAUAUAUGUAUCUAUGUGUAUUAUAUAUAUAUAUACAGAGAUACAUAUCGUAUAUAUGUACAUAUGUUUGUAUCUCUUAAAUUAGUAAUAGUAGGUGUAGUUGUCCAACCUGCAGGCAUUUAACUUUCAUUUAAAUUAAUAUUCCGAGCCUUUUAAAUAAGUAAUUAUGUUUCAUCUCAAUUGUCUUAAAUUACACAGGAUGUUCUAAUUUUAACUAUUAUUAACGAUUAUGCUACGAGCAAUUUCUAUAUAAUAAAUACAUCGUAUAUGUAUGUGAGUAUGUAUGUGUGCCUGUGUUAGUGUGUAUGUUAACUGAAGAACAAUUCUGUUGCUUAAUAAAUA